GUGGCUAACGUGAACGAGAGACGAUAAAUCCAUGCGAUAUACUUACUCACGUGUAUAUAUACUGAUUUAGCUAGAAGCUAGGUAUGAAUCAACUGUUGAUAUAUAUUAGGCAUUUUUUCUGUCAGUCUUGACGUUCUCAUCACAUGCGCCUGCCCUUCUUCCAUCAAGAUCGAUAAUGGACAUUUCCAUUCCCGACCCCCACUCGGCUGGCGUUUACAUGUCCUUCUUGUGAGAGCACAACUGCGUGUUCAGUGCCUCGAUCGGAACUAUCGAGAUGGUUGUAGUUAAUGUACGAAAUGUGAAGUUCGACGAUGGGCUACUAAAACAUCCCCGUCCUCUACCAGAAACGAGCAAACGUAUUCAAAGCUAUAUCGAUGGCCAUCUGCGCAUUAAAAUAGACCCUGAAGAAGCAGCGAAAGCGGAACAAGCCGCCAUAGCCACCUUGGCGAGACUUGAGUCACAGCAUGAGGCGUUAGAAAGGGCGCGUAAGGUAAAUCAAGAUAUUACCGAGUCACUGAAAAAGGCCAAAACCAUCCUAGAAGAAAUGGAGGAAAAAGACACUUUCUGUGGCUACACGUGGUUUAUUAUCAAGUCUUUCGCUAAGGGAAGAUGCCUUCGUAGAGAACGAGCGUCGGAUCUGGAGGGUGAUAUAAAGCGGCUAGAAGGAAUUGUCGAGAGUCCCGCAGUAGCCGUGAAACUGCGUGAUCGUUAUAGGCCAGAUCCCGUAGGCAUCGUAAAAAAACGAGGAUCGAAACAUCAGAUAGGAUUUGUUCCAACUUCAUUCGAUAGUGUUGAGCCAGUCACAAGAAAUCAAGAGAUCGAUCUAGCGUUACAAGAUCAAAGCGAAGUUUUAGCGCGUCAUCUGGAACAUCUUCGGAUUGCAGCUCUCGCAAUGGGCAAAGAACUGGAUGAUCAAGACGACACGAUAUCCAAGAUCAGUCAGGAGAUGCCAAAUGAUCUUUUAGAUGAAAACAUGACCAUCGCAGAGCGUUUGAUAAAUACAUCCGCACCGUCGAUGCUUCCACCGGUACCCCAGUAGGCAACUCUUUAAACUAUAAAUUUUGCCAGUAACUCUAUGCCGGUCAUGGGGUGAUGCGUAUUAAACGUGUAUUAUAGUACGACUCGCUUUUAUUGAGAGUCCUUUUUGAUGACUUAAUACUUUUCGUUAGCCGAAAGGGCAGCAGUUUCCUCUUCUAUUUCCACAAACAGUGAUGCUGCAAGCAAUAGUCUGGACGAAGUUUUAAAAAAUGGAAGCUUGGACAACGCGCAAUUGUCACCUGAAAAAACAUACGAAUAAAACGUAGCAUAGAUUUCGAUUAAUAGGAGAAAAUACAAGAAGGCUGAGUCGGUUCGUCUAAUAUUAUUGCUGGUCAACAAAAGUGCAGGACAACCUUUAUGCGUGCGGCCUAUUGUGGCUAUAAUUGAAAUUCCCAUAAUUCUAGCGUAAGUCUAGUCGCCUUAUUGUGUGGUUUCGGUUCACCAAAGACA